CGCAGAGAAUCUGGGGUUUUCUCUUCUUCUUUUCUUUCGCCAGCGGCAACGAAACGACCACUACGACAAGAGGGCCGGUCGCUCCAAUACAAUCAGUGUCCCUCUGGCUUGAAUCAAGCAACAGGCACCAUCAGAAAACAGCACAGGUCUGUAUACAGUCUAGGAUGAUCGACUAUGCGACUCGCUGACAGAAAUCACCGAAUACAACCCGACCGACUUCAUGGCGCCUCGGCCUCACCACCUCCACCGUCUGAGGCUCCGUGUCCUGGUAAAUCAUAUUCCGACUUUCCAAGCUCUCGUGACAACAAGAAUGUCUCGACCCUACCCUCGCGGCUCAUGGCCGCUUUCGCUCUCUCGCGCGACAUCAUCUCUCUGGUGAUGACGGCCUGUUGCUGGGCUUGCAGGUUCAAGAUGCUUGCCGACUUCUUCUCGGCAUAUGCCACCUGGGUCCAGACACCAACAACAGCACAGCAUGCCAAGAUGGUGGCGAAGCCAAAGUUGGACAUGAAGACCGGCUCUUGCUUCUUGCCAUCCCUCUCCUGGUACCAUUGCUCCCAGUCUUCCCAAGUGGCGUUCUGGCUGGCGUUCCCAGGCUCCUUCCUCCAUGACCUCCCUGCCGCCCGAUGUUCAACAUGUGGGUCGGUGUGAUUUCCCCAGCCAAUUCGGUGGAGGUCGUAGAGUCGACGCUUCUGAGGAUUGCUGAGGAUGUCAUUGGCCGCAAUGACGAGGCGAUAUCUCUCGAGCUUCGUCACAUGGGGGAUGCCAUCGUGGGCCGAGUGAUGGUGGAGAUCGGGAUGAUAGAGUUUGACCAACUGGUUGAACCGUGCUUUGGUGUAUACAUCGUCUUUGUCCGAAGACCUCAUACGGAGUGGGGCUUGCAGAAGUAG